UGGGAAGUUGUAUUUUAGUGUUAACCUGUGAAAAAAGACGAAGGUAAGUGUGUAUUGCAUUGACUCCGUUUUUCUCCCUUUAAAACUGUUCAGACUGAUUUUCGAAAAUGCCAAGUAGGAAGUUUGCCGAUGGCGAAGUGGUGAGAGGCCGGUGGCCGGGGAGCUCACUUUAUUAUGAAGUAGAAAUUCUGAGCCGUGACAGCAAGUCCCAGCUUUACACGGUCAAGUACAAAGAUGGAACCGAACUUGAACUGAAGGAGAAUGAUAUCAAGCCUUUAGCUUCCUUUAAGCAAAGGAAAGGUGGCUCAACUUCCAGUUCUCCCUCCAGACGCCGAGGGAGCCGGUCAAGGUCACGGUCACGGUCCCCUGGCCGCUCCCGAUCCCCUGGCCGCCCAUCUAAAAGUUCCCGCAGAUCUGCCUCUGCUUCGCACCACGUUGACAUUAAGGAGAUGAGGAAGGAAGUGCUGGAAGUGAAAUUGACCCCACUGGUCUUGAAGCCAUUUGGAAAUAGCAUCAGCAAGUACAAUGGGGAGCCGGAGCACAGAGAGAGGAAUGACUUGCCUCACAAGAACACGCAGGAAAAAUUCUCUUUGUCACAAGAAAGUAGUUAUAUAUCUACACAGGACAGCCUUCGUCCAAGAAGAGAAGAGAGCAAAUUAAAAGAAAUAGAUUUUGAGAAAGAAACGGUUGUUACAAAAAGACCUACAUUGUCAAGAACCUUUGAAGUGACAGCCAUACAGACGAAGGACUUGGAGUUUGGAGGAGUACCUGGUGUGUUUCUUAUCAUGCUUGGCCUGCCUGCCUUCCUCUUCCUGCUGCUGUCGAUGUGUAGACAGACAGAGCCCAGCCUCCUGAACUUCCCGCCGCCUCUGCCGGCUUUGUCUGAUCUGUGGGAAGCCAGAGUGUUUGGGGUCUACCUCCUCUGGUUUUUUGUUCAGGCUCUGUUCUACUUACUGCCGAUCGGGAAGGUUGUAGAAGGAACACCUCUCACUGAUGGAAGAAGACUGAAGUAUAGAUUAAAUGGAUUCUAUGCUUUCAUCCUGACGUCUGCGGCCAUCGGCGCCGCUCUCUUCUGGGGCAUGGAGCUUUGGCGCCUGUACCACCACUUCCUUCAGUUGGCACUGGCAGCCCUCGCGUUUUCUGUGGGCUUGAGUGUGUACCUGUACGCGCGGGCUCUGCGGGCGCCCCAGGGCCAGCUGUCGCCGACCAGCUCCGGAAAUGUAAUCUAUGAUUUCUUCAUUGGCCGUGAAUUAAACCCUAGGAUUGGAAAUUUUGAUCUCAAAUACUUUUGUGAAUUGCGCCCCGGAUUGAUCGGAUGGGUGGUUAUUAACUUGGUGAUGCUUUUGGCUGAGAUGAAGUUACACAGUCGUGCUACUCCAUCCUUGGCAAUGAUUCUGGUUAACAGUUUCCAGCUCUUAUACGUGGUGGAUGCUCUCUGGAACGAGGAAGCAGUGCUGACGACCAUGGACAUUAUUCACGACGGGUUCGGCUUCAUGCUGGCCUUUGGAGACCUGGUGUGGGUCCCCUUCAUCUACAGCUUCCAAGCCUAUUAUUUGGUACAUCACCCCAAUGACGUGUCUUGGCCGCUGGCUUCUCUGAUCAUCGCUCUGAAACUUUGUGGAUAUGUAAUCUUCCGCUGUGCAAAUACUCAGAAAAACGCAUUCCGGAAAAAUCCCACUGACCCAAAGCUUGCACAUUUAAAAACCAUUCACACUUCCACGGGGAAAAACCUCCUUGUCUCUGGAUGGUGGGGCUUUGUUCGCCACCCCAACUACUUGGGCGACCUCAUCAUGGCCCUGGCGUGGUCCCUCCCGUGUGGUUUUAACCACGUGCUGCCGUAUUUCUACGUGAUUUACUUCACCGUGCUGCUCAUCCAUCGGGAGGCCCGGGACGAGCGCCAGUGUCGGAAGAAGUACGGCGUGGCUUGGGACAAGUACUGCCAGCGCGUGCCCUACCGCAUAUUUCCCUACGUUUACUGACCCUCCGUCAGCGCCUUCCUAAAUCCGCCCUCAAGGAAAAGUCCAAAACGAACCUUUCGUUGCACUGAGAGGAUCUGUGUUUUUUGUCAGGACUAUCGAGCCGAGGAGUCAGUCUUACUACAGUUGUGUGUUUUUACUAAAUCCUAAGACCUUUCAGUCCUUAAAAA